UCCAAAUCUUCAAAAAAUUCUCUUUAAUUAUCGAAGUUACUUGGAAGUAAUUCGCUACUAACCUACGAUCUCAAGAGUCUAGUCCUGUGAUUACUACUCCUACAAGUAGAGUUUUAAGCGUUUCAACACGACACUCCUACUACCACUGGCUACGUCUACAACAUGGGCACUCUAAUUCAAGAUGAAGGCCAGCCCUCCUCCUUUAAUUCUAGUACGUCUACCUAGAAGAAGUUUUAAUUUGUUAAUGUUAAUGCUGAUGAUCAAAGGUCAACAAUGGAGGAUGUUCACGGGCUCCAAGAAAACAACUUACACGGAGAGAUUGAAGAGAUCGAAGACGAAACGGACAAGAGAUUCAAGCGGUUCAAGAACUUUGAUAUUGAUAGAAACCUUCCAUUGGAUCACCACUUCGUCAAUUGCGGGAGAUCUACGAAGCCGGUCCCGCCAACAAGCUCUCUGGCCGAAACGCUCCGAGAAGAACGGAGGAUUUUAGGCUCAAACCUGCCGAAUUCAAUCUUCGUCAGAGGCUACGAAAACAGAAUCGAUCUAAUGAGAGCUGCAAUUAUAGGCCCUCCCGAUACGCCUUACCAUCUGGGCAUCUUCUUCUUCGACGUUCUCUUCCCCGGGGACUAUCCGGCGCGGCCGCCGAAACUCUCGUUCCACUCUCAGGGACUCGAUUUGCAUCCCGGCCUCCGGCCGGACGGCAAGGUCUGCCUCAGCCUUCUGGAGAACUGGUACGGACGCCUCGUCUACGGCUGGUUCGGGUGCAACGCGGAGAAGUGGAACCCGAAGCGAUCGAAUCUCGCACAAGUGCUGCUCUCGAUUCGGUGCCUGAUUUUGAACGAGCAACCCUACUACAAUCAGCCAAUCCGCCUGUACACAUCGAAAUGGAACAAGAACAAGUUCAUGUUGUCGUGCGAGGCCAUGAUUCGAACACUCGAAUCGCCGCCUCGGGGAUUCGAAGACUUUGUGGCAGGCCAUUUUAGGCGGAGGGCCCAUCCCAUUCUGACGAAGUACGGAGACUUAAUGGAUGAGAGCGAGGGCAUGAGGCAGUUGUUCCUGAAGCUGGUAAAGGCGUUCGAAGAGAACGGGGCAUAUUGUAAGCAUCAUCUGGGUCAGGUGAAAGUAAAACCGAAGAAGUAGAUGGUGAGGCUAAUUGGUUGGAAUUUGAUUGCCUGCUCCAACGGCUCGCUCCUUUGAGGGUGUUAAUGGUACAGGAUUUGGCUUUUCCUUUUCAUGUUACAUUAAUUCUUUUAGAUUAGCUACUAAAUUGACUGCUGUUACUGCUUACUGCUAACUG